UCGCUGUAUAAAACCACGCGCUCUGUCUCCUAGCCCGUUUUCCCCUCUCAUCUCUCUCUCUGUCCAGCUGUGUGUGUUUUUUUUUGCUUUCUGUUCCAUACAUACAUGGCGAUCUGACCACGAGAGAGAGAGAGAAAGGGAGGGAGAUUGGCGAAGCAUUGGCCUCGUCUCAUUCUCUUUCUCCGCUUGAUUACGAGAACCGGCACCGGAAUUGGGGUGGGCGAUAGGAUUUUUAAGUCACGGAUAUCUCAGGCGAAAUGCCGACGUUUGAUUCGUUGGAUGCGUUCUUGUUGGCGGCCAGCAAAGCCUGCUGUAGUCCUAUCGCGCUUUUUAUUCAGAUCCAGGGAUUUUUCAUUUGCUUAGUCCUUGCCCUUGGCUGGGCUUUAGCUUCUUAUGUCAGGAAUAAAGAGAUAAGAAAGAUAAAGGAAAGCAUAAAAAAAGGCAAUAGCUUUGCUUUUCUUUGUUGGGAUAUAAAUGAGCUUGAGCACUCUAAUCAGGUCAAUUUGCCAAGGGUUUCAGUUGUUAUGCCUUUGAAGGGAUAUGGGGAACACAAUCUACAUAACUGGAGAAGUCAGAUUACAUCUUUAUAUGGUGGUCCAAUUGAAUUUCUUUUUGUGGUCGAAAGUACAUUAGACCCUGCUUACCAUGCCAUCUCUCUAUUGUUAAAGGAUUUUGAGGAUGAGGUUGAUGCCAAAAUUAUUGUAGCUGGCCUGUCAACAACUUGUAGUCAGAAGAUACAUAAUCAGUUGGUUGGAGUACAGAAAAUGCAUAAAGAUAGCAAAUAUGUCUUAUUUCUUGAUGAUGAUGUUAGGCUUCAUCCGGGCUCAAUUGGAGCCCUCACUGCUGAAAUGGAUAAGAACCCAGACAUAUUCAUUCAGACUGGAUAUCCCCUUGAUUUACCAUCUGGAAGUUUAGGGAGCUACUGCAUAUACGAAUAUCAUAUGCCUUGUUCAAUGGGGUUUGCUACUGGCGGUAAAACAUUCUUUUUGUGGGGAGGGUGCAUGAUGAUGCAUGCAGAUGAUUUUAGAACAGAUCGUCAUGGUGUUGUUUCAGAACUUCGAGAUGGGGGCUAUUCAGAUGACAUGACUCUUGCAGCUAUUGCCGGGGCUCAUAAGAGACUCAUCACAUCACCACCAGUGGCUGUUUUUCCCCAUCCACUUGCAAGUGAUCUUAGCUUUGGCAGGUAUUGGAAUUAUUUAAGGAAGCAAACAUUUGUUCUGGAGUCAUACACGACAAAAGUCAACUGGAUUAUGAACAGGGCGCUAUUCUCGACCCACUGCUAUUUAUCAUGGGGAUUCGUAGCUCCAUAUAUUAUGUCUGGGAUACAUUUGGCAGCGGCAUUGAGACUUUACUUCAAAGGGUACUCAGUUGAUGAAGCAUCAUUCUCAUACACUGGGCUGUUAUUGGCUGGUUGCCUUGCCACGUGUACUGUUAUUGAACUUCUCUCCAUGUGGAAUCUGACAAGAAUAGAGGUCCAGCUAUGCAACCUAUUGUCUCCAGAGGCUCCUCCAAUGUCACUUGCAUCUUAUAACUGGUGUCUCGUAUUUAUGGCUAUGCUGGUUGAUAAUUUUCUGUAUCCAAUAUCUGCAAUGCGGUCACAUUUUUCUCAAUCUAUCAAUUGGUCGGGCAUCCGUUAUCAUUUGAAGGAUGGCAAGAUAUGCACGAUUGAAAGAAGCAAGGAUAAGGGACCAAAGUUCACGGAUUUAGGAGGAAAGCAUUUGUAUGGAAGGAAAGGAGCUCCAAGCAAUUAUUCGUUCCUUCUCUCAUUGUCCAGAAGUCUUGCUCAGUGGAGACAACCGAAGAAAUAUGAUGUAUAGUUGUGUGAGAUUUUUGUAUUUAGUUCGUUCGAGAGUCAUUGUUUCGUGUUUCUAGAAGAUUCCAGAAGCAAUUUUUUUGGGGGAGUUGCCAUAUAUUCUUCCCUGGAUUGGUUGAAGGCAAGGACCAUCAUGGGCGUGUUUCAGUUGUCGGCAUUUGAUGAUUCUUUUGUUCUUUUUUUAGUGAUCUGUUCCGUUCAUCUUCAGUUGGAUGGCUCCAUUUUGGCCGUUUCUUGUAACUCUAUUUAUGUGGUGUUGAUAUUACUAGAUUAUGUAUUGUUCAUUUCCAGUUCUCUUACAGUGUACAACAUCAUUUCCAAUUCUCCAAGCAUAAAACACUAAUUUUCAGAUGGGCCUUUCAAAACCUUGGCAAUUAUGAAG